AUGGUUCCGCGCCGCGGUGCGAUCGAAUCUCCUGAACCAGAAGAACCAUCUAUGAGUUUAGUCUUCAACGAAGCAUUAUCAUGGCGCGCAGGAAAGCCCAUUGCGACCGAAACUCUAUUGAAGAGACUCAAGAAGCUUGCGAGUGAGCUGCGGGAUAUGGAUCAGGAGGAAAUCGACAAAUCAUCAUUGACUGUUGUCGCCAAAGAGCUCGCGGCGCAGAAUUUAUUGAACCAUAAGGACAACGGCGUCAAGGCAUGGGCAGGAUGCUGUCUGGUGGAUAUACUCAAGCUUUGUGCUCCGGACGCACCAUAUACUAGUUCGCAGGUCAAGAAUAUCUUUACCUUCUUCGUUGGUACCAUUCUACCAGCCCUCUCCAAUCCAAGUCACACAUAUAAUACGGAACACAAAUAUGUUUUGUCAUCUCUCACAGAAGUCAAAAGUAUUGUUCUUAUGACAGAUCUUCCCAAUGCCGAGGAUCUCAUGCUCCAUCUCUUCAGCACUUUCUUCGAUGUUUGUUCCGGUUCCUCGAAAUCCUCUACAGGCGAGCAAAUAAGCAAAGAUGUCGAAUACAAUAUGUCACAAUGUUUGGUUACUUUGGUGGAUGAAGCGCCGGUCGUGGGGCCACAGGUUAUCGAUAUUAUUGUUGCCCAAUUUCUACGAGCUGCUACACCUAGUGGAAGUAAAAAUAAGCUUGGAGCAAAGGCCGAUGAUAAGCAAUCUACGCUACUUUUGAAGGAUCUACCUGAAGCGUACAAUAUGGCAAAGACUAUCUGUAAUGAUUGCUCUGAUAAAAUGUCUCGUUAUGUCAGCCAAUAUUUUAACGACGUUAUGAUGGAAGUUUCUACAACUGGAGGCAAAGCAAAUGGACAUCGAAAGGACGAUGCAGACUCUGAUGAGGAUGAAGCCCCCACAGGGCCGUCAGAUGCGGAUUUGAAGGAGCUCAACAAGGCCCACAGACUUCUGCGGGAGCUGUGGCGUGCAUCACCUUCUGUUUUACAAAAUGUUAUUCCUCAGGUGGAGGCAGAAUUGUCCGCGGAAAAUGUACAACUACGAUUGUUAGCUACAGAAACUUUGGGGGACAUCAUAUCUGGAAUUGGCGCUGCGGGACCACCGCCUCUUCCUAAUAUGGACCCAGCUGCAUAUCCUCCAGUACGACUUGAUGACUAUCCAGUAACGCCCAUUACAAGUAUUCUCGUCAAACCCAGUUCACCACAGUCCUUUUCUCAAACACAUCCAUCUGUUUAUCAUAGCUUUAUCGGCCGGAAAAAUGAUAAAUCGCCAGUCAUCCGAUCAGCUUGGACCAUAGCCAUUGGACGAAUCUUGGUCACAGAGGCUGGAGGAAUUGGCCUGAAUCGAGAAGACGAAGUCGCCUUGGUCAAGUCAUUGGCAGAGAAAUUGAAUGACCCAGAUGAAAAGGUCAGAAUUGCUGCUGUGAAAGCGGUAGCAAGCUUCAACUUGGUGGAUAUCAUGGAAAAGCUUGUGCCCAAUGGUCCAAUGAUCAAGUCUGGUUCUGUUUUAAGCAAUUUGGCUGAUCGGGCAAGAGACCGUAAGCCUGCCGUCAGAGCAGAGGCUAUGAAAACACUUGGUACGAUAUGGGGCGUAGCAACUGGCGAGAUUGCGGCAGGAAAUAAGAGUGUGAUCGCAUCUCUGGGAGCCAUUCCUUCAAGAAUUCUUGAAGGGUUCUUCGCCAAUGAUUUAGAGCUCAACGUUGUCUUGGAUCAUGUGAUGUUUGAGCAGCUCCUACCUUUGACCUAUCCUCCAUCCAAGGCCAAAGGCUCGAAGAGUGGCCCCUCACAAUCCCAAUUAUCCCCCGACGAACCAUUCGAUGCAGAUAGAAUUCGAGCAGAGCGCGUCUUAUUAUUAGUUCGAUCCCUCGAUGCAAAACCCAAGAAGGCUUUCUUUGCUUUACAGGCGCGACAAAAGUCAUACUCUGAUGUACUCACUGCUUAUGUUAAAAGGUGUGAGGAGUUCAAUGGUGGAGUCACCGACGGUGAUGCAGCAGAUGGUAGACAAAAGCUAAACGCAAUGAUUGACUACCUCCUUCAAUUCCUCCCAGACUCUUUGCGAACCAGCCAAGAUUUACAUAAAUACGCGAAGCUUCACGAUCGAAGAACUUAUCAGCUUUUGCGAUACACAAUGGACCCCAAGAGCGAUUUCAAGACUGUUCAUAACGCGAUCAAGGAAUUCUCCAAACGUAUUGAGGCAGCACCUAACGCUCCGGCUGGUCUUCUCGACACUCUAGCACCCAUUAUUUACCGUUCCGCAUUCUUGAUAUACAACCGAAGUCACUUGCCUGCCAUCCUUCAGUUCUCGAGAACUGACGAUAAAGGACUGGGUGCGACAGCUCAGGAGGUUAUGAAUGAGAUUUCCGAGAAGAAUCCACAGGUUCUGACGGCGAAUAUCAAGGAACUCUGCAAAACUUUAGAGGAUGAAGCACCAACGGAAUCGAAAGAAAAUGACCCAGGCACUGUGGCAACCUUGAAAGCAUGCGCAGUAUUUGCAAAAAGCAAGACUGAAUCAAAAUCACUUCCCAAAGACCGCAAUUUUAUUCAAACAUUAGUCAGUUACGCAUCCUACGGAACACCCCCUCGGGCUGCCAAGUAUGCGAUAACUCUUUUGAUGGCGGCCACUGAUCGAAAGGAGAUGCACGCGAAGGACCUUUUGGAGAAGUCAUCGAAAAAGUGGAAAUAUGGCGAUGGCCAUUUCUUAACGAAGCUGGCAGCAAUAAGUCAAUUGCAGUUAUUAUCACCCAAAAUUGCCGAUGAAUUUAGUGAUGAAAUUCUUGAAAUCACAACUCAAGAACUUCUCCUACAGGUUCGAACCCGGGCGAAAGAGACUGAUCCCAACUGGCAAAAUGAUGACGAAUUGGACGAAGAAUGUCAAGCCAAAUGUUGGGCUCUGAAAAUUUUAGUGAACAGACUGCGUACAGUUGAAGAGACAGAAGUAAAAACUGUCGCUCAACCGGUCUUCAAAGUCCUAAACACAUUGAUUGUGAAUGAUGGGGAGCUUUCGAAGAAGCAGGAUACCCCUAAACACCAUAAGUCUCGUCUGAGGUUACUGGCAGCGCAAUUAAUGCUCAAGCUAUGUACCACUCCAAUAUUUGAUGAAAUUUUGGCUCCCGCUCAGUUUGACCGUCUAUCAUUUGUAGCUCAAGACGAAAAUCCGAACGUUCGAAGAGGUUUCGUGGAAAAGCUUCAGAAGUACUUGGUCAAGGACAAGCUCCCUGAUCGCUUCUACACAAUGAUCUUCUUAACUGCUUUUGAGCCCGAACCAAACUUCAAGAGCUCAAUCGUCACUUGGAUUCGUUCUCGUGCGAAGGUGUUUGUUGAAUCGAAAACUAUGGUGCUAGAGAAAACUCUUCCACGACUUUUGUCACUUUUAGCACAUCACCCCGAUUAUAACCCCAAUCCUGCAGAACUUAUCGACCAUGCUCGCUACAUACUAUACUAUGUUUCUUCUGUCGCCUCGGAAGAUAAUCUAGGUCUUAUCUACAAAUAUGCUCAAAGUGUCAAACAAGCCCGCGAUGCUAUAAAGCCCGCCGAAUCCGAAAACUUAUACGUUCUAAGCGAUCUCACACAAGCUGUAAUAUCAAAGUGGGAAGUCAAGAAGGGUUGGAAUAUGCAAUCUUACCCAGCUAAAGUUAUGGUUCCUGCGAAAUUGUUCGCGGCACUGCAAUCUCAUAGCGUGGCACAAGAGAUUGCGGAAAGGAACUUUAUACCAGAGGAAAUGGAUGAAGAAUUAGAUCGUUUGGUUAGGAACGUGGACAAGAAGAAGUCACACAAACGCAAGUCUAUGGAUGAUUCUUCUUUGCCCGCAACCAAGAAACAGAAGUCCGAAGGAAGACCUAAAUCCACAGCUCCCAAAAAAGAAAGAGUAGCCAAAAGUUCCAAGCCAAAGAAAUUCAAAGAACCGAGGACACCAGCAAUUGGCAGUGCAGAGAGAAGAAAAAGUGAAAGAGGUGCAAGUGCGAGAAAUAGUUAUAUGGAUAGAGAUGAUAGUGAGGAUGAGAAUGAAAUGUUGGAGGGAGUCAGUAAGUGGGAGUAUUUUGAUGAAGAUGGUAAUAAGGUGGAGUCUGAAGGAGAGAAUGAGGAAGAGGGUGAUGCUUCUGAGGUUGAUGAGGAUGAUGCAGAAGAGGAAGAACCGAAGCCAAAACCGACGGGAAAGCAAAAGACAAAGGCGAGAACACCUAAGAAAUCAGCUCGAACUGUUGUCAGCGAAGAUGAGGUUGAGGCUGAGUCCGAACAAGAGCAAGAGUCUGAGCAAGAGCCUGAGCAAGAGCAAGUGGAUGUAAAUAUGGAAGACGCACUCGUAUCAUCACCUCCAAAACGCGCUUCUAAAUCUGCUAAAGCUACACCUCAGAGUAAAAAAGCCAGUGGAAAGAAAGCUGUACCAGAGGAAGAAGUAGAGGAAGAAAAUCCAGCAGAUGGGGAAGAUGCGGUGGAGUUGGCUACAUUGACAUCAUCGCAACCGCUUCCUACGCCUUCUCCUCCACCCCUCGCUAAGGCAAGGAGAGGAAGAAAAGCCGCGGGAAAGAAAGUUCCUAGUCCGGAACCUGAACCUGAGCCAGAGGCAGAGGAAGAGGAGGAAGAACCCGAGAAAGAAGAUUCUCCUGUUGCGGAUGUGGAAGUUGAUGAUGUAGAGAUGGCUGAUGAUGUUGAAUCUGGAGUGGGACUCGAUUUGGCAGUCGAGGAGGAAGUUGAAGAAGUUGAAGAAGUAGAAGAAGAAGAACCUCAAAGCAACGGCAAGAAAACUCGCGCCAGUACGAGAUCUGGUGGUAAUAAAUCUACUUCCAUUCUAGUUGGAACAACUAAAGAGAAAAGUUCGAGACAAGCGUUGAAACCUACUAGAAAUACGAGGGGAAAGGUUGUUCAGGAGGUUGAGGCUCAGGUGUUAGAGACGGAGAUGGAGACGGAGACGGAGACGCAGGUUAUGGAGGAAGAGAGUCCGAUGGCUAGUGGGAAGGGGGGGAAGGCAAAGGGAGCGAAGGGAGCGAAGGGAGGGAAGGAGGCGAAGAUUAGGGAUGUAGUGGGUAGUGGGAGGACGACGAGGGGGAGGGCUAAGUAG